AUGUUAGUUGCAGAAAAAGAAAAUGAGACAGCCAUCACCGAAUUUAUCUUCUUAGGUUUGGGAAAUCCUGGUGAACUACAGCCUUUUCUUUUCAUGCUUUUCUUGGUGAUUUAUCUUGUGACAGUAACUGGGAAUCUUCUCAUCAUUAUGUUAGUUGUAGCUGACCAACACCUUCACAGCCCCAUGUACUUCUUUCUGGGGAAUUUGUCUUGCCUUGAAACCUGCUAUUCCUCAACUAUCUUGCCAAAAAUGUUGGCCACUUUGUUUACUGGAGACAGAAUAAUAACUGUAAGUUGUUGUCUAACCCAGUAUUUUUUCUUUAGCUGUUGCAUAGCAACAGAAACAUUUCUCCUUGCAGCAAUGUCUUAUGACCGUUACUUGGCAAUUUGUAGACCUUUAUUUUAUGCUUCUAUUAUGAGCAGGAAGUUUUGUUUCCAGCUUAUGGCUGGGGCAUGGAUAAAUGGUUUGAUAGUUAAUAGCAUUGUUGUGUUUCUGCUAGCCCAACUUUCUUUCUGUGGAUCCAAUAUAAUAGAUCAUUACAUUUGUGACUUAACUCCAUUGGAAAAACUGACUUGCAGGGACCCGACACUAUUUAAACUCAUUGUUCUUCUCUUGUCCUUCAUUUUUACCAUUCCUCCAUUUUUACUGACCUUCAGUUCUUACAUUUUCAUCAUUGGCAGCAUCAUAACAACUCAAUCUACCCUUGGAAGGCAAAAAGCUUUUUCAACCUGCUCCUCUCAUCUCGUGGUGGUUUGUCUUUUUUACGGCACAUUAAUCAUUGUCUAUAUGUUCCGAGAUUCCCCCACUAUGAAACAUCUCAAUAAAAUUUUCUCUAUUUUUUACACAAUCCUAACUCCUCUGGUCAAUCCUCUCAUCUAUACUUUAAGAAAUAAAGAAGUUCAUAAAUCCUUAAGGCGAAUGUUUAGAAAAUGUUCAUAUGCUUUGGGAAAAUAUCCAUAG